AUCAUGCAAUUGCCCCACGGACUUAUAUUGUUGCAGUACCGCACUAUGGCUGCGCCCGUGCAAUGAGGAAAGAGGUCUAUGCAGAAAAUUUCAGAUAAUAAAUGGGUACCGGUUUCUAACUUUUUUCCCCCACUCCUGGGGAAACCACGAUCGGCGAAAUUCCAAGUUCCACCCGAACCGAAGGCUUGAGAUUUCUUUAACUAUGUUUGUCAAACCUUUCAGGGUGAAAUCCAACACCGCUAUCAAAGGGUCCGAUAGGAGGAAAUUGCGAAAUGAUGUUGCAACAGUAUUUCCCAUCCUAACUUCAGAACAGCUGGCUGAAGUUGUGCCAGUGAAAGAGGAGUUGAAUGUUAUUAAAAUAUAUACUCAUAAAGGAGAAGCUCUCACCAUCUAUGCUAAUGGCAAAAAUCCUGUCCUUUUUGAAAUGGAGAAAAUGCUAUAUCCAACAGUGUACACUCUGUGGUCUCAUCCUCACCUUCUCCCUGCCUUUUCUACUUGGCCACCUGUUUUGCACAAAUUAGUAGGAGGAGCAGAUUUAAUGCUUCCAGGAGUUAUAGUUCCUAGAUGUGGUCUCCCACAGGUAGAUCGAGGUACUGUCUGUGCUGUUACCUUGGUGGAAAACAGAGCCCCUGUGGCCAUUGGAAUAGCUAUUAUGACAACUGCUGAGAUGGUGGCAGCUGGAAUGAAGGGAAAAGGCUUCACGGUGCUACAUACUUAUAUGGAUCAGUUAUGGGCAAUCGGUGACAAAUCAAGCCCACCCACAAUACCCCCCUUAGAGACAGAACCUUCAGAGUUGGUGGCUGGGGAAGAAGAGGAACAGAAGAAUGAAGAAGGAGAAGCACCUGAAAGCAGCCUCUCUCUUGACCCAUCCUUGCAGAUGGACAGUGGACAUCUGAACUUGGAGGAAGAUAUUCCGUGUAAUACCAUGGGUGAAAAAGAAGAACUCAUUGAAAAUGAUGCUGCUGAAAUGACUGAAGAGAACGAACCAAAUAUUUCUCAGGAGGUGGAAGAUAAUAGAAGUCCACAAGAGCAAAUGGAUGCGCUGCUUUAUCAGUGCUGCUUCCAUGCCUUAAAAUGUAAAGUAAAGAAGUCAGAGCUCCCCCUGCUGACCAGCACUUUUCUGCGUAACUACAUGUUUUCCUGCUGUCCAAAAGAUCAACAACUGGAUAUAAAGAAAUCUAGCUACAAAAAGUUCUCAAAAUUCUUGCAGUCAAUGCAGCAGCAGAAGAUUCUCCAGGUGAAAGAAUUGAGUAAGGGUGUGGAAAGUAUUGUGGAUGUUGAUUGGAGACAUGAAAGCAUUAGAUCCUUCGUAGUACCUGACAUUGCAACAUCUGAAAUGUCUUUCCAAGAUAGUAAAGGUGAUGACAGAGAACAACUGUACCAUCCUCCUGAAAUCAUACCACUUUAUGGAAUCUCGUCAAAAAUGGCUCCGUUGUUUCAAGAGUCUGAAUAUAAGAAAGGCCAUACCCUCUCCAGCAGUGAAGUAAGAAGUGUGAUAAUCAGCUAUGUGAAGGCUAAUGAAUUGGUUGAUGAAACAAACAAAAACUUUGUAAAAGUAAACCCGGUUUUGUGUGACUGCCUGUUGAAUGAAGCAGAGCAAGAUAAAAUCUCAAAGCUCAAGUGGGAUGAUCUCCUCAACAGGUGUCUAGGCAAACUACAACCCUGCCAUCAGGUAACCUUUCAGGGACGAGAACCUGUUGUGAGAAAAGGAAAAAUUGAUCCAAUUGAUGUAACCAUAGCACAGAGAUCAUCCAAUAAAAAGAUAACAAUAAUUAAGAAUCUUGAGCUGUAUGGUUUGGACCCUCAGGCUCUUGCCAGUACUCUUCAGCAAAAGGUCCAGGCUAGUGCCACAAUCGUCGCAGUCCCUGGAGCAAAGGACAGAGCACAAGUCCAGAUUCAAGGCAAUCAGAUUGGUCAUCUUGCUAAACUGCUCUUAGAGGACUACCAGAUACCUUGCAAAUAUAUCCAAGGUCUUGAAAAAGCACCAAAGAUGGGGCGGAAGAAGUAGCCAAGCCUGAGCCUCAAAUUGAGAGCAUGUUAUUUAUAAAUAUCUCAUUCAGUGGAACUGAAUCCAAAUGCCUUAUCUACAAACUAUUUUUAUUUAAUAAAUGAAAUAAAGAUUUUUCCCAGAUA